AUGCCGAACCCGCGCACCUUCUUCGACCUUACGGUCAGCGACAAGCCCCUGGGGCGCGUUGUGUUCGAACUCUUUGCCGAUGUACGUCAAGCUAACAGCAGCUUCCGUGCUCUCUGCGUCGGUCAUCAAGGCCCCGAUGGGCUGCAAGGCUACAAGGGCAGCCCGAUUCACCGCGUCAUCGACGGGUUCAUGAUCCAAGGCGGUGACUACACGAAACGGAACGGUACUGGCGGAGCGAGCAUCUACGGCGGGAUGUUCAAGGACGAGCGUCUCGAGGGUCCUGGAACGGAGGUCGACAAGGAGGGUGUCUUUGGCCGCGUCGUUUCAGGCAUGGAGUACAUCGCAACUAUCGGCAAGCUGGACACGGACGAGCGUGACCGCCCGCUGUCGCCCGUCAUCGUCUCUCACUGCGGCGAGCUCGAGUUGCGUAGGAGGGCACGUACUCCGAGCCCGACACCGUCCGAGGACUCGGAGGAGGAGUACCGCCGGCGGAAACGGGAGCGCCGUGAGCGCAAGGAGAAGGAGAGGGAGGAGCGCAGGCGGGAGCGGAAGGAGCGGCGGCGGGACCGUUCUCGCUCCCCCUCCCGGCGAGACACGGAAGAUCGCGAGGACCGGGACCGUAGCGACCGCCGCGACCGCAAGGACAGGAAGGAUAAGAAGGAGCGUCGUUCCGGUCGCCGGCGAUCUGACUCUCGUGACUCGCGCGACUCGCGCUCCCGCUCGCCGUUCGAGACCCUCUCUGAGCUCGAUGCCCGCCUCCUGCGCGAGGAGACGGAACGUCUCGAGGCCGAGCGCAAGGCGAGGGAAGAGGAGAAACGCGCCCGUAUCGCCGCCGAGCGCGAGCGCGCCAAGGAAUCAGGCGGUAUCGUGUACAAGGGCCGCGGAACUAUGCGAUACCGCGACCCAGAUGCUAGGUGGGAUACCUGGGGCCGGCCGGAGAACUACAACGCUCGGGGACAGGACACGCGGUCCCGCUUCCGCCGGCGUGAUGGUGGCGGCGACAGGUGGGAGAGGGGGAUGGACGUGCGCGCGGACCGCUUUGAGAGGGAGCGCGGAGAUCGAGGCGGCAGGGACAGCAGGGAGCGGUUCGAUCGGUGGGACCACGGGCGUCGUGGCCGCGAUGAACGCGAUGACAAGCGUGACGACAGGCGCGAGGAGGAGGAGAGGAAGAAGCUGGACCAGGACCUGGACAAGAGCCUCGCGGAGCGCAUCUCGCUGAACUACGAGGAGAAGCCCGCCGAGCCGGCCGAGGGGAAGGAGCAGCGUGCGUCGGCGUGGAACGCGGCUCGCCGGGCGUCUCCAUCUCCCGAUCGUGGGGCUCGCUCCCCCUCAAGCGACAUGGUCAUGGACGACGACGACUAG